AUGGCGGCAAGUACAACAUUGUGGAGGUCGCAUUCUCGUAAAACGACAACUUCUGGUCAAAAAUAUAAGGGGAGUUACAAUGUUGUGAGCAGGCUACAUACAAGAGAGGUACAUGGUUCACUACAGUCAACAAAGUAUAAUUUUCCAGCUCCUAGAUCUGUCUUUGGUAAGAUUCCAGGACGACUGUGCAUUCCUCUUAAAUACAUUGUUGAUGCAGAAACACUGAUUGAUGAGGGACAUGUGUUUCUAGGCUUUACUAAAGAUGGUCAGUUUAUUUUGUCCUAUACGCUACGAGUUGAAGCUAACGAACACACCGCGUUACCUGUCUAUGUCUACAGAUUAUAUUGGUGGUUAUUUAAAUAUUACCAACCGAUGGUUAAGGUGUCUGAAGUUAGAUUGUUUGGCGAAGAAGAGAUACAGGAUGAUCUGUAUAUAGCAGUGUGUAGCUGGCCAACCGAUGCUUCCAAAGUCUUUGUCUAUGGCAGUUGUCCUUCAGGAGGUAACUGUGAUGAGAAGAGACAGUGCUAUGUUACAAUCACAGCUGUACCUCCAACUUCACCAUGUAAAGAAUGUAUAAACUUUCAAACUGCCAUGAAGAGUCAAAAUAACAACAUUUACAAUGAUGAAAUAUUUGACAGUGAUACCCGGCCAUCAAGAUGUCUGAAACACGGCUUUGUUGUUCAUACCAAAUAUGAACUUUCGCCGCCAUUUCCUCUGUUUGCACCAAAAUACAGUCUAAAGCGAGAUGGACUAGCUGUCAUCAACACUGGAUACUCUCUCAUUGCUCUGGGUGUAAAAGUAUACUGUGGUAGUGCUGCUACCAGUACACAGAGUAGUCUGUACUCUACAAAUAACACUGCAACAAAUACACAGACCUCUACUGACAGUGAAAAACACUCCUUCAGUUCACAGGGUUAUAUAAGCAGUCCAGAAGCUACGCUGCAUGGACUGAAAAGUUAUCAAGACCGUCUUUCUACAAUUGUGCAAGGUGUUAGAAAUACUGCUGUCGGUAUGGAACAGUGGGAUGCAAACACCGGUGCUUUUGUAACUAUGCAAGCUUGUCAAGAUACGCACACUGCUAAAGAACAGCCUUCAUUAAGCGGCCUUCCAAUUUUAAGUCAGUCUCAGGAAUCUACUUACAAUCAGGAGUACAGUAUUUCCACGAGUGAUACCAAAGCCACCUCACACAGCCUUUUUGAUGCUAAAGAUUGUAUGCAGAGUACAUGUGCUAAUCGAGGUUUCAAAAGAAAUGACAAUAAUAUUGCUCAGAUGACAUGCAAAGUGACAGAGGAAGGAGAGAAAAAGAUGGUACAGAUACAUAGUGAUCUUGUCAAUGAGGAAACCUCUGAUGCGCAUUUGAAUGAAAAUGAAGAGAUUUUCAGUAGUUUGUUGACUGAGGUGAAAUAUUCUAUGGUGGCAUCCACAUCUCAGGGCUCCCAAAUUGAUGACAGUGAUGCUACAAACUUAUCCUCAAUCAGUGAUAAAGAGGAGGUUUUCAAUCAGGCGAUGGAAAACUCGCCACGGGUGUCGCUUCAUGAUGACGAUGAGGGUACUGUUGAAAAAGAAAACACAAAUGCUAAUAAGUAUCGCAAAUCAUCAAGAAAACGGAAAAAUGAACAAGUCAGAAACAGGGUGACCGUAGCAAGAAAGUUUGCCACUGUCAUAUGCAGUCAGGGCAGUGAUCUUGGAGACUUUGACCUGACUUCUCCUAAUUUGUGUUCCCAAGAUGAUUCAAGGAAUUUAUUAUGUGACAGUUGGAACCACAAAACCCAUGACAAAACUGAUCAAAAGUCUAUGAAGAGCAUGCCAGAAGGGAUUCCAGUAGAAAGAGAGUGUGUUUUAGGGGAGGACAAUUUUGGCUGUGAGAUUGACCAGAGUUGUCCCAUACAUGGUGCUACUACAAUUAAUUUAUCAUGGAGUAUUAACAGUGUUAGCGAUCUAGAGAAAUGUACUUGUCAACAGAGAGGUUUUAAUUACUCUGUACGCAGAUAUGUAGAUUGUGUACCAGAAACUGAUUCACCACUUGACAUUGAAGAUGAGUUUCAUAGUAUGUUACCAUUGGAGGUUCACGGUGCUAAUCACUCACUGAUGACAAGGACUAGAAGAUCACCGGAUAUUCAGGGGCAGUACAUUGAAGUGAAACAACUCACAAUGGAUGCAGAACAAUACAUCAGUGAGACAGUCAGAUCACAUGCAAAAUGGAAAGAUAGAUAUUUGGAUUUCACUGAUUAUGAUAUGCAAAUUCUUGAUGUAAGUAUUGAGCUAGUUGCACUACACCAAGCUUUUCCCAGAUCUACUUCUCUAAUUCUAUUCAAAAUCCAGAUUUGCAACUGCCCGAUGUAG